AUGCGACAAUGUUAUCGUUGUCGUUGUGUCGUGUUGGCCGUUUCUGUUUGUGAACACGUGUGUGUAUGCGUGUGUGUGUUGUGUCUGGAUGAGUUCUUCUACGUUCUCUUGUCUACACGCGCGCGUACAAACAUGUGUGUGUGUGUAGCCCAGUUCAUUCAUUUUUCCCUUGCUCAUUCGCUGGAUGGUUCUUCACACCUGACGCGUUCGUCCCGUGCCAUCAUGACCACUCUCCAUGACCCGUGGAGUGCGCCAAAGGAAGACCUCAUGGCGCACAAGUCGCAGCUCGCUUUCUUCGACACGGUGUGUCAAGUCAUCUUGGGCAGCCGGCACACAAGCAAGAACACCAGUCUAAGGACAACCGACUGGCGUGGCCUCAAGUACAUCCACAACCCGACCGUCACCGAUGCGGUAGCAAAGGCGUGGAAGGACCGGCGCCCAACGACAAACCAGGUCGAUCUCUACGUCGACAUCAUCCACGACUUUGAGGGGGAGCGGGUGGUGCUUGAGCGAUGGAAGAUACAGCUGCGCCCGGAGACGAAACACGUCACCACCCUCUCCACCGUCGUCUUCUUCCGCGCCCUCCACCUGCGCCUCCGACUCCUCCCACUCUACAGGUUGUCGCAGGAUCCUGCAGCGCCGCUGCUGAAAUACGAGGUCCACUUCAACGCCGCGCCGCCACUCAACAGUGACACGCCGUUCAUGGCCUCGCCGGAUGUGUUUCUUCUGUCCCUGCAGAGCGUCACGUUUGUCGGCUUCUCCGCCACGUUCCACCCGCGUCCGCACGAGCAUUUUGUCGUUCGCCGCUCGUCCAAACUGCGCAGCUCCUCUGCUGCCUCCGACGACGCCGCCCUGCGUGCGCGUGCUCGCGUGCAGCAGCGCCACAGCCGCUCUCCCCUGCAGGCAGCAGGCACCAACCAGCAGCAGCAGCAGCAGCAGCAGGGGACAAAGGGGGAUGAGAAGGACGAGGGGAAGUAUGGGGGACGGGAACGGCAGGUGUCUGAGGACGGGAUGCGACCACGUGUGCAGACAAUGCCCGUGUCGACUUCGCGGCCGCAGUAUCCGGAGCAGCAGCCCCAUGUUCACCAGCAGUAUCCGCAGCAGCAGCCACCGCCACCGCCCCAAUCGUUGUCGCAUCCUGCGAGCGGUUAUCAUGCGCUUCCGUCACAGCAACACCUGCUGUACCAGCAACACCCGCUGUACCAGCAACAACAGCAGCACAUGCAACAACAACAGCAACAGCAACAGCAACAACACACGCCCAUCUCUGAUCGCCUUCCCCUCCUUCCUCCACAUCAUCAACACCAGCAGCACCAGCAGCCGCCGCCAUCAUCGCUGGGGCAGAUGGACCACGUGGAGUACUAUCAGCAGCAGCAGCAGCAGCAGGGAGGCAGCGGGGCACCAUCGCGAGACACGAGCAACAACAACUUGGUCGCACUCGCACAGCAGCAGCAGCAGCAGCAGCAGCAGCAACGUGUUCAAGCGCAAGCGCAAACGCGAACAUCGUCACCAGCAGCCGCAGCAGCAGUGGAAGGGGACAGCCAAGCCAAGACAGCAGCCAAGGCCAAGACGAAAGGCAAAACCAAGGGCGAUACAAGCGGCAGUGGUGGUGGUGGUGGUGGUGGUGAUGGGGGUGAUGGUGAUGAGAGCUCUGGUCCGUCGCGUGCGGAGUCGUUUGCAUCCGACACCGCCGUCCUCAACGCCCGCACCAACGUGCGUCAGAACCAGCUCCGAUUGAACCCAUCACCAACAAUCGACACCGAUGACGAUAGUGGUGAGUGGACACCAACACGACGUCGCACCAACGUGCACACACACAUGCGUGGGUUGGUGACGACUGCGAAGAUGAUGGUGGUGACGGUGGUUCGGAAUCGCACUGCCGCUGCCACACAUGGCCCCACCUUGCAUACGUGCACGCAUACUGGUCCUGUUCACAUGUGUACUGCGACUGCCGCUGCUGCUGCUGCUGUCGGCUGGUUCCGCACCAUCACCGUCGUCACGUCACAAUUUUCCUCCAUUUCUCACCACUAAACUACCUGCCUCUACUACCAUUUUCCACAUCAACAACAACGACGACGACAACAACAACAACAACACCACCAACACCAAUACCAACACCAAUACCAAUACCAAUACCAACACCAC